UCAGUGGGAGGGAACAGGCUGGGAAAUUCCGGACCCAUUGUUGACAGUGCUGUGUAACUAGCAAUGAUAUAGAUACAUAUAUCACUUUAAACUCUUAUCGGAAGGGAAUGAUGGCUGGAUCAGAUGUGUCUAUCAGCUGUAACUAUUACCUGUUUGAUGUCCCACCAUCUACUAUGGAAACCUUCUGCAAACUCAUGGACUGCAGUGAUGGGGACUUAGGAUGGAGGGGGCUUGCUGAACAUAUCUCCACGGAUUGGAUGGAGUUCCGCAAGAUUGAGAGGUAUGCAGAGCAAGGUAAAAGCAGGACACGAGAGCUGCUCUGGAGCUGGGCGCACAAAAACAAAACCGUGGGCGACUUGUUGACAGUACUUUACGAAAUGGGGCACGAGAGAGCGAUUCAUUUAUUCACCAACCAAGGAGCUGGUCUGGUCUGUGUACAUGGCUCAGAUCACAGGUACGCUGGAUUGAAAAAUCACACAUUCGAGACCUGCGGAGUUCCCACUUUGGAGUAUGUCGCAAGGGGUGUUUCUUUGUCCCCUCAGAAAGAGAAAAGUCCCCUGCCACCUGUUUCGUUUAACACAAUCAAAGACGUGACAAAAAACUUCCACCAAGACUUCCUGAUUGGAGAAGGACAGUUUCUUGAUGUGUACAAAGCAGAAAUUAAAAGCCAGAUGUGUGUCGUGAAAGUGCUAAGAAAGGAAAAACAGCUACGAGAUCAGAAACUCUGGGAAUUAUUUCAUUCACAAUGGAAAGAUUUGCCUAGAUUUAAACAUCCAAAUAUAUUAGAAUUGCUUGGAUAUAGUUCAACUUACGAAGCCACAUGUUUGGUGUACCCAUACCUUAGCAAUGGAUCACUCUUCAACAGGAUACAGUGCAUUGGUAAAAGCGACCCAUUGCUUUGGAAAGUUCGUUAUAAUAUUCUGCAAGGCGUAGCAAAAGCCAUUCAAUACCUGCACACCAUGAAACCUUCUCCAGUUAUAUGUGGCAAUAUAACCAGCAAAAAUAUACUGCUUGAUCAGCACUUUCAGCCGAAACUCUCAGAUUUUGCCAUGGUCCAUUUGCGGUCCUACCUGAUAAAUCACAUUUACACCAUAAAGAUGGAUCAUGCCACCCUCAAGUUUCUGGGAUACUUGCCAGUGGAGUACAUUAGGAGAGGAAAUCUGUCUUCUAAAACGGACGUGUACAGCUAUGGCGUUAUAAUGAUGGAGGUUUUAACCGGACAUCAAGCUGUUCUAAAAGGACCUGAAAACAUAUUUUUGCGAGAGUUACUGUGGGAGCUAACAGAGAAAAAUGGAGUGGAGUCUCUUGUGCCAAUUCUGGAUGAUAAAUGUGAUAGCUGGCCUGAAGCUACUGCACACAGACUAUUGAGCUUGUCCAUGGCUUGCACUUCAUCGCGUGUCAAGCAAAGACCCACCAUGGCAGAGGUACUUGAAGCAAUUGGAAACUCAAAGAACAGCCAGUAUAGUGAAAAUGAUCCCAAAUCACUGAAGUCUGUUCCACCUUCCCAAUGUCCUUCACCAACUUCAUUAAAUCUUUGCAAUGUCCCCGAGGAGAGUGACGAAAGCCAAGACUAUCCAAUCCGAUUGCUGCAAAAAAAGAAAUUGACAGAAACUCCUUGUGAAUGCAGUCAGUCGGAGGUCACAUUCCUAGGAACACCCAGACAUCCAUCACAUUCUGAGUUCAUGCUGCUUCCCGAGUCCAAUUCACACAAACCUGUUGAGUGUAGCUGCUCCACAGAGACAGAGAGCUUGACGUCCUGCGAAAACUGCAUAGCAAGUGGAUAUGGACACAGCAAUAUCAUCGAAAGUUAAAUAGGCCCUAGAUCUUUUUGGGGUACUGCUGCUUAGGAGAGCAGCAUAGUCCAUAGCAGCAGGGUUACUGUACUUAAUGUCCAAGUUCAUCCUGUUGGCUACAUUGAAAGUAAUGGUAUUGAAGUAACAGCUGCCCAAUAUAUUGGACUCUAGACACAGUUUGUCACUUUAGUUACCUUUCACGUUUUGUUUAUUAGUGCAUAAUUAUGAAAUCAAACAAAAUAAGCUACAUUUAUAAUAAUGCACACUUCAUCUUUCUUAUACUUUAAUAACACCAUCCUGUUUUUAGGCUGGUCUAAACUGUAUAUAUAAAUUGUAUUAAAUGUUGCCCAUUUUAUUUAACUGUUUUUAUGCUGGAGGAUCCAAACCUUUCAUUUUGUUGUUUAUUCAUAAAACAAUGCGUCGACAACAACAAAAAAUCAAACUGGAAAAUAAUAAAAUGGGGAAAAGAUUUCUCCAAUUCAAGAGUGUUUUUAUUCCCCAAGCUAUUAUUUUUGGCUCUUUUAGAUACUAUGCUUUAAUCAAUUAGUAUCAUUAUAAUAAUUUAUGGAUAAAGCGCCAACGCAUUCUGCAGCACUCUACAUGGGUACUAUUGAUAAAGUCAAAGUACAAUACAUCAGAGACAAUGCAAAAUUUGACAAACAAAUAUAGGAAGAGUCGACGGCCCGAUAGAUGUACAGCUUCCACUUGCACAAUAAGAUUCGAGGGAAUGCGACAUUUGCUAGAAAUUUGUAUAGAUUACAUUUUAUGCUCUUUAUGCAUUCUUGUACACACGUGAAAAAACUUUACAAUAGUGGAUGUUUAUUUUUGUAUACUUCGGCAGUACACAUUUCUUUAGUACAUAAUGAUAUCAGGUAUCAGGCCGUUUCCAGACGUAUGAAUGACUUGAAUUUGAAUUCUGAAUCAAUAUUUCACGACUGCUCCCCUGGGAGCUGACUCUAUAUUGAUUUCCUACUGAGAUAUUGACAUAUAAUGAGUUUUGUGAAAUUAUUGAUAUUCUCUGAUUUGUUUUUGUUUUUUGCCAUUUAUUAUUGGUGUCUGCUGUUAUACUCAGUAUUGUACAGACCUCUUCUUUAUGUUUUAAUAUUUUCUUUAAAUGUGCUAAUUUAUUUAAUUUGCAAUUUUCAUUUGUAUUUUUAAGAAUGCUAGAUAAAACUGUUUGUAAUACAUUUUGCAACUAAGAUGGGUACUGCAGUCUCCAUUACGUAAUAUACUUUAUUAUUUAUCAUUUCAGUGUGAUUUUCAUUAUUCAUAAUAUUUAUUGUCUGAUGCACUAGCUAUAUUCAUAUGUAUUUGUUUACGAUGUGUACACUUCCAGGUGUGAUUAAUAUGCUUAAAACCAGAAAAUGUA